AUGGACCAGAAGCAGUUAGAUGACCUCGCCAUCGAAAACUUCAGGCAGUACCUCCGGAUCAAAAGCGUUCAUCCUAAUCCAGACUACGCAUCGUGUGUGUCCUUCUUCCGGACUCAGGCGGAAUCCACGGACCUGGAAUUCUUCGUUCAUGAGUUUGUGCGCGGGAAGCCGGUGAUAGUGAUGAAGUGGGACGGAACGGACCCCCAGCUGCCUGCCGUGAUGCUCAACUCACACAUGGACGUGGUGCCUGCCAGCAAGGACGAUUGGACGCACGACCCGUUUGGUGCCGACAUGGACGAGGAGGGGAGGAUCUUCGCGAGAGGAGCCCAGGACACGAAGCAGUUGGCCAUCAUGGCCGUGGAGGCGGUGCGCCGCCUGAAGAUGCGGGGUGUCAAGCUGCGCAGAAACGUCAUCAUCACCCUGAUGCCAGAUGAGGAAAUAGGAGGCGCAGAUGGCAUGGAGAAAUUCGUGCAGUCUGAAGACUUCCAUAAGCUGAACGUUGGCUUCGAACUGGACGAGGGUCCAGUUUCGCCUGAGGAGGAAUACGCCGUUACCAAUGGCGAAAGGAGCUCAUGGAAAGUCAAAGUGCGCUGCCGAGGAUUCACUGGACAUGGCUCCAUCCUCGUGCCUGGAACUCCUGGAGAAAAACUGCGGAUCGUCCUGGAUCGCUUCAUGGACUUCCGCCAAGAAGAGCUGGACAAACUACAGCAAGAUCCCAACCUAUGGAUGGCCGACGUCACCAGCACGAAUCUCACCAUAGUCGAGGGAGGGUCUGCACUGAACGUAAUCCCACCCGAGAUGUCUGCAGUGUUCGACUUGCGCAUCAAUCCACUGAUGGACUUCGACAAGCUGGAGGAGAAGAUCUGGCAAUGGUGCUCAGAUGCUGGAGAAGGAGUUGAGCUCGAGUUUUUGGCAAAGCAAGAGAAGAUACCAACCACUCUUAUCGGCGCAGACAACAAGUGGUGGACAGCCUUCCAGAAAGCCACUGAAAAACUAACAGAAACUGAAUCAUGUGCUGCAGCCCUCUUUGUGUUACAGGCUGGAAUUCCUGCGCUGGGAUUCAUGCCGAUAAACAACACUCCACUACUUCCGCACGGAAUAGACGAGUACAUUGCAGCGGCCUCCCUGCUGCGUGGCAUCGACAUCUUCCAGGGUGUGCUCCAGGAGGUCGCCAACGUCCUGUAG